AUGAAAUUUUGUAUUGGUUCUAAGAAAGUCAAAGAAAACAACUACCGCAAAGUCUUUAGCUCUCCCGUCUCCCGAAAAAAAGAGUUGCUGCCUCAACGAGGGACCGAUUCUGGAAACUUUUAUCCACAACAAUGGAUUCUUUUUCACCUUUUUUGGAUAAAUUCUACGAUCCGCUCAUGGCAGGCAGUAUAGACGGAACCGACGAAGAUCCACAUGACAGAGCAAUCACCAGAGCGCUCACUGCUACUUACAAGUGCAACAAAUUUGUGAAAGGUGACCCAAAGCUUACCCUUUUUGUUGCACGAUUAAGCCCGAAAACUGAGGAGAAGACACUUUAUAAUAAGUUUCGAGAGUUUGGAAAAAUUAAACAGCUCAGACUAGUUAGAGAUAUUGUGACAGGAUUUUCCAAGUGUUACGCAUUCAUCGAAUUUGAGGAUGAAAGGGCGCUUCGGAACGCCCACAAGGACGCCUACAAAAUGGUUAUUGAUGAGAAAGAGAUACUGGUGGAACAUGAAUUUGAAAGGACAUUGAAAGGAUGGAUUCCACGUCGUCUGGGUGGUGGUUUGGGGGGCAAAAAAGAUUCUGGACAACUAAGAUUCGGUGGUAGAGACAGACCGUUUCGAAAACCCAUCGGUAUGUUCACUCCUUCCAGUUACUCUAGUAGAAAUAAAUAUGGCACCUACCAAACUUACUCAGGACGCAGCAGUGAGAGUGAAACUCAUCGACAAAAACGGAACAGAGACGAGAGAGACUACCAUGCACACACCAGACAUCGCAGUAAACGUUCGAGAUCACGUGAUUGACCAUCAGAAAGUCUUUUCUAUGCAGGGUGUAUUUUGUCAUCUUGCCAUUAUCAAGAAAAUAUAACGUUGCGCAAAAUGUCAGACCUGUGUCAUUCCAUGUUUUUCAAAUAUUAACAGUUUUAUAUCCUCUGUCACAGCAUUGUAAUAAAUUUGAAAUUGCAUUAAGGCAUAUACUUCAAGUAUGAAUGCUGACUUCAUACAUGGUUUUAAAAAACAGCAAAUUAGAGUGAAUGUGUUUGUAUACAUGCAAGCAGAAUUUGCUUAUGAAUUUUCUUUUAAUUAUAAUGCAGCUGUUUGUGCAUGCUUGUCCCUAUUUGGUUGGUUGAUUUAAUAGCAAAGUGACUCUGCCCAACAGUGAUUUUCUCUAUUGGGUUGGGAGGGGGGAGAAAAGAAGUGUGGGAGGAGGGAACUGGAACCCAGAGAAACCCCCUAACACCCAGCCCUGUGAACAGAGAGUGUCUUGAGACUGGAUCUGAAUCCAGAACCUCUCACUGUAGUGGUAACAAGUGAGUGCUUUAACGACGACACUACGAGGUGCCUCUAUACUUGUCCCUGGUUGGUUGGUUUAGUGGGAAAGUGCAUUCAUCUUGAGGUGAUUUUGCACUAUGGGUAGAGGAAGGAAAUGAGAAAACCCCCAACACCUGGCUCUGCAAACAGGUGUCAUAUACAAAAAGUGGCCGGAGAUGAGAUCUGAACCAUCUGAACUCACUGUAGUGACAUGCUUCUCCCAUCUCAGCUGUACCCUUCUAUGCCCCUCACAGGACUAAACGUUUCACAAUGCUCUUGUAAGCCUGCUGCAGUUGACACUCUUAACCCUAACCAAUCACACUUUUUCACACAAUUGUGUGUCUCUCGCUUAAAUAUAAUUCACCACCAGGCUACCAGCUGCCCCUCUACACUUGUGUUUAAAUAACAUGAAAUCUAAAUUAGCAAUAAAAAUGUCUGAAAUGUGUGUGCGUGCCUACAUUUAUUUACAUUUCAAACUGUACAGUUAUGCUUAAACCAGCAAAUAAACUUCAAGAUCAGUUGCAUCUUGCCCACAUAUUCUGUUCAAAAUGUCAUGCAGUCAGCACGUAAUUCCUCUACAUACCAAUACUUGAGAAGCUGUUUAAAACAUGAUCUACAUCUGCUACAUAAAUAUGCAUGAAACCUUGUUUGGCUCACAAAGCCAUUUCUAAUAAUGAAUUGUCAUGGCAUAAUUCUUUAUACAAAAGCUCCUUGAUUGAAUGCUGGUUUAAGUAGUCCAAAACAAAAAAGUGGAAUUUAGACAACAAAUAGAGACAAGAUACAAAUAAUAAAGGGAAAAGCACAGGCUCAUUCUAAAUCAACAAGCAGGAAUAUAUAUUUACACUACCUUUAUUUAUAACAAAAAUAUGUACUUUGGAUGCAACAACAUGCCCCACAUGCCCCAGUCCACGUAAAUACUCAAGGCUCCAAAGCACAAAUUUUCACAAACCACUUAUAACAAUGUACAAGGGGAAAAACAAUGUGCAGAUGUCAGAAUCAUUAGGCAACAACUAAACACCAGACAAGUUAAAAUACAAAAAAAUAUAGAAACAAGGGAUAAAUAUACCCUCUAAACCACAAAGUAAAUUUUGGAACUUGCUAAUUUUCAACACAAAUGCCUAACCCUCAUGUUGAUGUACAGGCUCAUGUCUUGAGCUUUCAGAUUUUGCAAUGCAUUGUGUUAUUUUAAGUAGCUUAAUUACAAAUAAGAGUGUUUAGUAAACAUCAAACUGCAAUUCACAAGAAAACUACUUGCUACCAUGCAUGCAGAAUAUAAAAUAGUAGUGAAGCCAAUCAUUUUGAAACAAUAUUUCUAAAAUUACCAAAGAUGACCAAAAAAAUCAUACAUUUGUAGUUUGGUGUGACUGAACUAGGCUCUUUCUAAACUAACACUGGUUAUUUAUCAGACAGGUAAAACUCAGCUCCCAACAAAUACAUUUUAUGACAUAAUGUUCUUAAAAUUUUUAAUGUGGUUUAAAGGGUAAAUCAUGUGCAAUUUUUAAAGAUGUAA